AUGGCUCCAGCCAUGAUCCUCCUAUGGGCCUGUUCCUUGAUAUUGCUCCCUGCCAGUGUUGUGGCACAAGACCUUGGUGUCAACUGGGGCACGAUAGCAUCGCACCUCUUGGACCCCACAAUAGUUGUUAAUAUGAUCAAAGACAAUGGUAUCAGAAAGGUUAAGCUUUUCGAUGCUGAUCCUUAUACCCUGAAUGCCCUGGCUGGAACUGACAUCGAGGUCAUGCUGGGGAUUCCGAAUUCUUUUUUGCACAAUUUGUCAGAGCAAUACAGUACAGCCCAGGCUUGGGUCAAACAAAAUGUCACUGCAUAUCUUGGUAAAGGGGGUGUAAAUAUUAGGUACGUGGCUGUAGGGAAUGAACCAUUCUUGACAAAUUACAAUGGUUCGUUUACCAACUCUACAUUCCCAGCGAUGAAAAAUAUUCACAAAGCACUGAACGAGGCUGGCGUUGGAAAACAAAUCAAAGUAUCAACAGCCCUUAAUGGUGAUGUUUACGCGACGGCUUCGUACAAACCAUCAGAUGGUAUGUUUCGUGACGAUAUAGCAGAUGUCAUGGGCCAAAUAUGUGAAUUUCUCCAAGAAAAUGAUUCACCUUUUAUCAUCAACAUCUAUCCUUUCUUUGAUCUCUACCAGAAUCCCAGCUUCCCCAGAGAAUAUGCAUUCUUCGAUAACCAGAUCACGGUUGACGACAAUGGUCUUGAAUACCACAAUGUUUUUGAUGCGAGUAUCGACACUCUUGUUGCGGCACUGCAAAAGGCCAAAGCCCCGGAUGUACCGGUCAUUGUUGGGGAAGUUGGAUGGCCAACGGAUGGCGAUUUUUACGCCACACAACAAAAUGCUCAGAGAUUCUAUAAUGGUCUGAUAAAGAAAAUGGUUAGCAACGAAGGAACUCCACGUCGACCAAACAAGAACCCUGAUGUGUAUAUGUUUUGUUUGUUGGAUGAGGAUUUUAAGAAUAUUGAUCCAGGUAUGUUCGAGAGGCAUUGGGGAAUUUUCACCUUCGAUGGACAACCCAAGUUUCCAAUGGAUCUUUCAGGGAAAGGAGAGAACAAGUCUCUUGUGGGCGCGAGAGGUGUCCCAUACUUGGCUAGGCAGUGGUGCGUGCAUAACAAGGACGCUGACAACCAGGAGGAUUUGGCCAAAAAGGUUGAAUAUGCUUGCAAUAAUACGGAUUGCACAAGCUUAGCAGCUGGAGCUUCAUGUUCCGGAAUGGGUACUGAUAUGAACGCCUCAGUUGCUUUCAACAUGUACUACCAAAUGCAAGAUCAGGCUGAAGAAGCAUGUGAUUUCCAGGGUUUAGCCAAGCUUGUCAAGCAGGAUCCAUCCAACGGGACUUGCCAGUUCCCAAUUAUGAUUGAAAAAUACCAAGCUACACCUCCCCCAGGGGCGCCAAAUUCGAAGUCUGCUUCGGGACCAUCAGGGUCAGAUUCAGAUUCACCAGGGUCCAACUUUGGCGAUUCAUCCUCUUUCGAUCCCUCUACCUUUCCUUCUCCCCCAUUUCUUUUUCUAAUUCUUGUGGGCAUUUGCAUUGUUCUGCUUGCAUAAAUAGCUAUAGAUUUGAUGUUCUAAAGAGAAAGUGUAAAAGUUUUUUUUUUUUAACUCUGAAAUGAGGGAAAAUGUAAGUUCAAUAUAUAGGAGAGUUUUUGUGUUUGAGGGAAAAAAAAGUGGAAAUAUAUGGUGAUUGCACUCUUCAAAAAAAUACAGUGAUUGCAAAGAUGUUCAAAGAACACUAUUACUAAAAUUUAACCCUCCAUUUUGAAAAUAUUGGAAUCUUAUCCUAGAUUUGUAGCGUAAAAUUUAUUAAUAAGAGUAGGCUGAGAGUGGCGUUCACACUUGCUGUUUAUAAGAGAAUGGAGAUCGAAAGUCACCUCCAGAUGGGCUGUGUUUUGCAGAAGGGUGAGGAGCUGGUAUGUUAUGGCUAUCAGACAAAGUGUGCGUUUCUAGUGUGCAAGAAGCUGCAAGAGAAGGAAACAGGCCAUAUGGUUUUGUUUCUUAUUCUUACUUGUU